CGGCCCGGUGCGUUGCCUUGCGAACCCGCCACGCCAAUCUCGCUCUUAUUUCAUUACAUUAAGGACCUUUAUAUACCCAUUCAAUAUGAGGGAAUGCAUCUCAGUCCACAUUGGCCAAGCCGGUGUCCAAAUCGGAAACGCCUGUUGGGAACUCUACUGUUUGGAGCAUGGCAUCCAGCCUGAUGGCCAGAUGCCAACUGAUAAGACCCUGGGAGGUGGAGAUGACUCCUUCAACACUUUCUUCAGCGAAACCGGAGCGGGCAAACACGUCCCUAGAGCUGUGUUCGUCGAUUUGGAACCCACCGUAGUCGACGAAGUCCGCACGGGUACGUACCGUCAGUUGUUUCAUCCAGAACAGCUUAUCACUGGCAAAGAAGAUGCGGCAAACAACUACGCGAGAGGACACUACACAAUCGGCAAGGAGAUCGUCGAUGUAGUCCUUGAUAGGUUGAGAAAGCUCGCUGACCAAUGUACUGGACUACAGGGAUUCCUGGUGUUCCACUCGUUUGGCGGUGGCACUGGUUCAGGAUUCACCUCUUUACUGAUGGAGCGGCUUUCUGUGGACUACGGCAAGAAGUCCAAGCUUGAGUUCUCCAUCUACCCAGCACCACAGGUAUCUACUGCAGUAGUGGAACCCUACAACUCAAUCUUGACGACCCAUACAACCUUAGAACACUCCGACUGUGCCUUCAUGGUCGACAACGAAGCCAUCUACGACAUCUGCAGGAGGAACCUGGACAUUGAAAGACCAACGUAUACCAAUCUCAACAGACUUAUUGGACAGAUCGUAUCUUCAAUCACUGCAUCGCUCCGUUUCGAUGGUGCUCUCAACGUCGACCUAACAGAGUUCCAAACAAACUUGGUGCCAUAUCCGCGUAUACAUUUCCCACUCGCCACUUACGCCCCAGUUAUCUCCGCUGAGAAGGCUUACCAUGAACAACUGACUGUUUCCGAGAUUACCAACGCUUGCUUUGAACCUGCAAAUCAGAUGGUAAAAUGCGACCCUCGUCACGGUAAAUACAUGGCGUGUUGUAUGUUGUACAGAGGUGACGUUGUACCGAAAGAUGUAAACGCAGCCAUCGCUACCAUCAAGACUAAGCGGUCCAUACAGUUUGUUGACUGGUGUCCUACUGGUUUCAAGGUGGGAAUCAACUACCAACCGCCAACAGUAGUUCCAGGUGGUGACUUGGCCAAAGUUCAGCGCGCUGUGUGCAUGCUGUCCAACACUACAGCCAUAGCCGAGGCUUGGGCUAGAUUGGACCACAAAUUUGACUUGAUGUACGCUAAGCGCGCAUUCGUUCACUGGUACGUUGGUGAAGGUAUGGAGGAAGGAGAGUUCUCUGAAGCUCGAGAGGAUCUUGCAGCUCUCGAGAAGGAUUAUGAAGAAGUCGGAGUGGACUCCACUGAAGGGGAAUUGGACGAGGACAACGAGUACUAGAUCCGAAGAAGCUUUGUGGUCACAACAGAUAAAAUAUUUCACUUAAUAACAUUCUAAAUACCGAAUUGGAACAAACUUAACUCAUAUUAGGAAAAAUAGCGUAUUGUGUGUGACUUCCAAUAGUGAGGCAUCCUUAGGAGAUUCUUAAAUAAUGGUAUACUUUACGAUCUUUCACUAAAUAACAAAUUAGUCUUAAGCAACUGAGUUAAUACGAAUGCUUAUUAACAGUGCAAACUUUUGAAAUAUAAUUUCCUUGAAAUAUAAAGUUUGUGAAUCUGUAAUAUUUGAUUUGCAUUUAUAAGAGAAUUCGUGAUAAUAUAAUAGAUAAAGCUUUUUAUAUUUUUUGGAAUAAACUUAUUACGCAUUAAUUACGAUUAUAUUAAUUUAUUUUAAUGCACAAUAAAGAUUUUACACUUU